AUGAACCCUUUCGUCCUGCACCAGGAUCAGGAGCCAGAUCCUCCGAUAUACAGUUUCACAAAGAGAACCCUCGAAGCAUCCAUCCGCCGACCGCCAUGCGAAUGCCACGACUGCGAGAAUAGCUUCUACCCCGUCCAGAUACAACGUCACGCCCAACACUCUUACCACCUCAGACUAUCCGAUGCCGUCGCAGAGCGUAACGCGCGUUCCCUCGCGCAAAGCAUCCAUCGCAGCCGAGACCGACUGAGCAACCGAAUCCAAGUCUUUGGCGAUGUCUUGAUGAGUCGGUGGAAGAAGCGAAGCCAGACGAAACGAGCGGCUUUGCUGAAAGAAGCAGCACCCGACCUUGAGGAGGAGCAGUGGCUUAUUCCGCGAUAUUCGUACACGCGCGAGAGACUUUACAUGCGCGAGAGAAGUCCAAUUCGGAGACGUCAACUCUUACUGCCCUGGCUCAACGUACAUGUCCUCAAGACCAACCCUGCUGUGCUUUUCGCUCUCCUUCACUACCGAACCGCCUACUCUCCCCAGUCCUGGGCGACCUUCGACAACAGACAGCUCACUUUCAGUUGGGCAGAUGGGAACUUCGACGUCGACUUCUGUUCCAAAUGCAUCGUCAUGUACGGAGAUGAAUAUGGAUCUUUGGUGGACUGGGAAGCAAAGGCUGCGCAUCGUGGUGAUACUCUCGGGUACCCCAGAGCCAUACUCGUUCUCGAAGCCCAGGCGCAUCUUCUCGAAGUUCUCUGCAAUAUUGUGGACAAGGUCCUUGAAGGAGUAGACCCUCUGCAGCCCCCACGAGCCGAGAAGUGGCACGACGUUGUCAGCCACGAAGCUUUCAAAGAGACAGGCGCAGUGGAGUUCUGGUCUCCCUACACAAACCAAGCCUUCUCACGUCCACCGACGUUCAAUGGCGAUUACCUCAUCAGCCUCGCAAAGUCUCGCCUGGAUGAUAUUGGCGAUCACCUAUGGUACCUGCAGUGCGACUCUGCGUACAUGAAAAGACAUGUCAAGAUGAUAUCUGCGACCGAGAUCUUCAAGAAGGCUUCAGCGGAUCAGAGAGCGAUGAUGAUCCCCGAGCAAAUUGUCCUCGAACUCCAGACCUACUGUUGCUGGCAGUGGAUUGAAUCGGAGUGCAGCCAUGUUGAAACAAUUCGCAGGCGGUUCAGCGAUUGUAUUUAUCCCGGUAUGCCCUUACCCCCGAAAUACGACAAGGCUCUCGGCGCCCUUGAGCUUCUGCUCCUUGGCCAGGUCAUGCAAAAGAUCCUUUUUUUGGAGGAACAAUUGCCGCAUAUCCCAGGCAUGCAGAAACACUGGGAACUCGACCCCAGCCAAAUUCCGUCUGAUGCCCCAUCCGAUGCAGUCGGCACGACCAAGCGAAGGACGCCUCAAAAUACCCAGCAGUCUCUUGACGAUGACCCCCUCGACUGGUGCCUUGUGCAGCUACAGGGAAAGCCAGACAACCAGAGCCACUUCGAUCACGCCAUGCUCUUCGCCAUGAUCCAGGAUCAUCUGUCCAACAACCCGUCUGAGGCGAAGAGACUUGACGAGAUCACCCACCAGACACUCUCUGACCUUUCGACUUGCCACGAAAUGCUCAUAGCUGUUCAGUCACAGAGGCCUCGGAAUGCAGCCCGAGCGCCGGAGGAAGUAAUUGCUACAGAGGAUCGUGUGUCUUGGAAGUUGGCCCAACCAUUCGGAUUCAACAUGGACGUGUACAAAGACAUCGGGAUCGCAUUCGCCAGAGACUUCUACCAUGUGAAACCACCAACAGGCCCCAAAAGCGUCGAGUGGCUUUCGAAUUCUCAGGCUCUAUACACAGCAAACGAGAAAUUCUGGGAAGCGAUUAGGGGAUUCUUGAGAAAGCAGUUAACACAGCGGGAUAAUGGCUAUACUCUUGAGGAGGUUGAGUCUCUUCUUGGUGUCGCUUCGGCGCACCUUAGUGAGGAGUAUCUCCAGGAAAAACAACGCGCUGAGGUUGAGAUCCUCUCUGCAAUCAACACCGCAGACGAAUCACAGCCUAUUGCUGAUGCUUUCAACGAGGGUCCUGAUCCAAGCCCCACAUCGGCCACGAUAGCGCAAGGCCGAGAGAAGGUUAAGACACGAGGAGAGCAGUGUUCUUCUGGCAGUGAUGUCACGGAACCACCAGACGAAGCUGCAGAGGAGGUCACCAAGCACGCCGUCAUCUCACUGACCAGGGAUUCACUAGGAGUUAUACAUCUCAUGUUCCCCAGAAAAGACGACGUAUCCAAAGAAGUUACAUGGGAUCGAUUCGUUCGCGUCAUGAUUGAGGCGGGUUUCACGGCGAGGAACAAUGGCGGGUCGGCAGUUGCGUUCAAGCAACUUGUGGAUGGAGGACGGAUUGUGUUUCACAAGCCGCAUCCUGCUGAUAAGAUUGAUCCGGUUCUGUUGCGCAUUAUGGGGAAGAGAAUGACGAAGUGGUUUGGUUGGAAGCGGGAGCUUUUCGCUCUGCAGGGAGAGGCGACCUCAGGUGUCCAGGGAUAG